AUGAUCCAAAGUCACUGGAGAUCAGGGGGAAUUCUUUCCUCUUGGGACGGACCCGGGGGAAAGAAUGAACCCCUGGUGUUGCUCCAGUCGCUCCCUCGGACUGAAAUUCUCUUCCUUGCAGCCUGACCCUCCCUGUGUGUUGCAGGUUCACUGCCAGCCCUGCAGAAUGUCCUGCUCUGACCUGUCCCCCUGUGGCAUCCUGCGCCCCCAGCCCCUGGCUGACAGCGGGAACGAGCCCUGUGUGCGCCAGUGCCCCGACUCCAGCACCCUGAUCCAGCCCCCCCCCGUGGUGGUCACCUUCCCUGGGCCCAUCCUCAGCUCCUUCCCUCAGGAUUCCAUCGUGGGAUCCGCUGGAGCCCCCGUUCUUGGGGGCUAUGGGGGCUCCCUGGGCUAUGGGGGCUCUGGAUCCCUGGGCUAUGGGGGUCUGUGGGGCUAUGGGGGCUAUGGGGGCUAUGGGGGUUAUGGGGGUUAUGGAUCCCUGGGAUAUUUGGGCUAUGGGGGUUAUGGCUCUGGCUCCCUGGGCUAUGGGGGUCUGUGGGGCUAUGGGGGCUAUGGGGGCUAUGGGGGUCUGUGGGGCUGUGGGGGCUCCCGGGGGCUGUGGGGCUCUGGCAGAUCCUACGGCUCCUGCAGCCCCCACUCCUGGUUCGGCCGCUCCGGCCGCGGGCUCUGCGGGACCUGCUGA